CGAAAACCAAUUGAAGGAUUCUCUGCCAACAUAUCGUACCAUCAGACAAACAGAGUAAACGAUGAAUAGUGGCAGUAGCGAUGGACCGCCUUUGCACAGUCCUCGAAUCGCAGCGAGGCGUAUGCGUCGUUCGGAUAGCAUUCCCGAAAACAGCGAGACGACGCCAGCGGGGGGUAAUACGGGUACGGAAGAUGCAUCAAUCGAAGAGUUGCUGAUGAGACAUUCCACUCCCGUAUUUAAUCGCGGAGCUGCAAUGGCAUCGCCGUUAGCGGAACGCAAUAGCAGUCCUUCCCCGUUGCGCCUGAAUCGYCCCCGUUCAAACCCACGUUCUCGAACGCCUAUGAGAAUAUCCGAGGAACAGCACGAGCACGAAGAGGCACAGCAGGAAAUAGUCGACAAUGCAACAACAGAAGGCCGUCGUAUCACCAUUCGCCUUGGGACCGGUAGCCAUGUUGGAACAAACACGGCAUCCUAUGCAUCACGCCGUGUGAGUCGAUGUACAGAGUCCUCUCAGUUUAUCAGAUUGAUUGCUCUUCGUUGUUGAAAAAAGUCGUCUUGAAUCGUCGGUAUGUAUCAUAUUUUUUCUUUUUCUCAUUCUUGUCUUUUGUGUAUAUGCUACAAAACUACAAUUCAAAAUGGCACGAUACAACACUGUACAAUUCAUCAAAAUCGAUCGAUUGCGUCCUCGUGAUCACAGAUUCGGCAACAGGAGCCUGCUCGCGUGAAAAGUAAAAAACAAGGACCUUCUCAUCGAAAGACACGCCGCUGGAACAACGACAACUUUGUCAACUUGGCUGCUGAGCUCUCGUCCGGCAAGGGAUCUGCCGCUGCCGUAGAUGCUCUUCUGAAAGGAUCUGCCGAAGCAUCGAAACACCGCUCGAUUUUGGAUCCUAAGCAACACGAGUCGAAGGCGAUGAAACAAUUUAGAGAGGAUGGUAGCAUGAAACUGGUGCGCGAAAAAUUCUUUGAGGGUUCGCUGCCAAGUGACAAUAUUCAUUUGUCCUCAUCGUCUUCAAAAAGAAAAAUCGUGUCAGAUAACAAUAUGCUAACACCGCUGGAACGGUUUCAUCGCAUUGAGACCCGCCUCCGGCGUAUAGUGGUAAAAGCGUGUGAAAAUUCAUACGCAGCAUCCAAAGUUGUGAGCACACUCGAAGAGUUUCUGGUCCGAGUCCACAAUGGAGAAACCGACGAACGGUCAAACGAAGAAUGGCAAGAGUUUUUGUUGGGGACGCCCACGGUAACAACUCUCCGUGAGAACAAGAACAAAACCCGGUCACAAGACAACAGCGACSAAGAUCAGGAAGUGACACCUUGUUCUGAGAGACGUAUCAUAAAAUUCUUGUUCGACUCGAACUCAUCCACUGGCGGAUUCCAUCGAUUGCUACUGCACGGUGUGUGCCAGUUCCAUUGUCUUCGCGCAACAUCGUCUUCUACCGUUGUGGACGGAAAGAAGGCUCGAGUAUUAACGGCAACGGGGACGUUUUCGGGUGCCGAGUUAAGUUUGGUGGAAUUCAUCAUGGAACGGUGUAAAAGUGGGCAGGAYAGUAGUCUUGAGAAGCUGAAUGCUACGGAAAGGGCACAUGCAGAUGAAAGUCUUGCAAACAAGCUAUCGGCACUGAAGGUUUGAAUGAUUAACUCAUAAUGCCGUWUAAAGUGCUAUUAUCGAAGACAACUGUUCGAGAAGAAGUUUUCAAAAAGCCAGCAUACUGUAACCCAUAAAAUAAUUAAUCUUGUUUUUGACAGAUUACUCAGGGAGAUGUAUUAGUUCCCGCAGUACGUAUGAUCCUUUGGUACGGUAGGUAGGUAAUAGCAUUUCCACUGAAAACAAUUCAUUGUGUUGUUAGUUCUACGGUAUUCUCAUCUCUUGAGCAGGUUCUUUUACCGCUAUGUAUGAGUACUCGUAUAGUACGCUACUGCAAGUACGUACAAGCACUGUUCUUGAGGUUCGUUGUUAAUGGAGGGAAGCGUUAAGUUGUGUCAUUCGUAUCCAUUCGUGAAUGCAUUUUAAUGAGUGAGUCGUCGAUUGGAACUUGACUUGGUGAUUGCGCGCAUACCGCCCCAAUAGGGGUUGCACUUGUCAACUGCACAAUUCUAAUAGUACGCAGCCUCACUAAUUGAUAAUAUUUUUUGAAAUCAUAGCGAGGAUGCCUGAUUUAUUUAAUAACGGUGACUAUUACAGACAGUACUGCGAACGGUGGGUCGUGAACGUAGCGGUGUGUCAGACCACGAACAAAGAAGUGCAUUGAUGGCGCAUAGUUAACACGUGAAAGCACGCAACUCGAAGAAUCUAAUCGGUGCGAAUUCCUUAGCUUCGUAUCUCAUACGACACGAAACACCGAUUACAACCCAAGUUAGCCGAAAACUUUCUCGUGAAGAGCUGAAGGCCUAUUGCUUCCAAACUAUCACAGUAGUCCAUGAUUAACACCCAAGCAAAAUAUGAACUCGCACAAUCCAGGAAGCGCUGAAGGAAUGGUMACUCCAAGUCCUUCUCUCGACCAAGCGAUCGAAAAUARGACCGAAGGAAGACCGGAAGCAAACGAAUCUUCUACGAAUGAUGGUGACGAUGCAGGCGCAGUAGCCAAAAAAGAUGGAGACUCCUCUUCAAGUGGCUCUUCGGACAGUACGGGGGGUUUAAAAGUACUCUUUCUGAGCUCGGAUACUGGAGGUGUGUAAUCUUCRCAUGAGACAAGUCUUGACUGAAACAUUUUUAUGUAGUGUUUUCAUCGACAGCCCUUAACUUUCCCUCACUUUUUUCUUUUCCGUCCCUUAGGUGGACAUCGAGCAAGUGCCGAAUCGCUUGCGGCGCAGUUUGAACUACUGUUUGAGGGAAGUAGUUACGAUCUCCUAGAUCUUGCUACAGAGGCGUAUUUGCCUCCGUAUAACUCGAUUGUCCCUUACUACAAACACUU